GCUCCUCCUACAGUGCGAGAAAGACGACGAAUCUCGUAGGUUUCCGAACGCGCAUUCUCAUCCCCGGUAUAAAUUAUGCCUCCUCCCUACCAAGGAGCACCAUUCGACUGCAGAUCGUCCCCCACACCACCCACUACAACAUGCUCUUCGUGCGCUCACCGCUGGCCGCCGCCCUGGGCGCGCUGCUGCUCGUCGCCGUGCUGCUCCCGGAGUGCCUCGCCCAGUACUACGACCCGUACUACGGCCCCGGCUACUACCACCGCCGCUCCUACCACUACUACGGCGGCGGCUACCCCGUCGUCGGCGCCGGUGUUGGCUUCCACGUCGGCGUGGGUGCCGGCUACGGUGGGGGUUACGGCGGGUACGGUGGUGGUUACUACCGCCGUUGAGAGGCUCAAUUCGCUUAACUAUCUGUGCUGGUGUCCGCGCGUUGAUGUACACCGGGCAGAAACUACGAAGUUCGCAGGCUUUCUUUCAAGCGGAUUCUAACAGAAUCUGCCCAUUUAAUGAGGCGCUUUAGUGCAAUAAGGUCCCACUAAGGGGUCUUGGGCCAAGGCUUAGCUCUCCCCUUACCCCUCGCUCUCUGGAUCCGCGUGCCCGUGCGUAUAUCCGGCAGAGGGCAGUCCCAGGAGGCAGAUAUCUUCAAAUUUUAUUUGGUAGAUUGUUAAUAAGUGUAAGGAGUGCGGUAGAAUGCAGACAUGUCUAUACCUCUGUAUUACACUCGAGUUGUACGAAAUAAAAGAGAAAACGGAUGUA